GGUGCCAGUCAUCUCUUACAACGACCCGUGAGUCAGUCCAGGCUCAUUUCUCACACCCCAUGACGAGACUCGUCUGUGACGACCGAGUAGCUGUGGUGACAGUGGUGGAGGCAGCGGCGCUAGGAUCCAGAGGAGCCGCGCUUCUUCUCCGACUGGCUUGUCUCUCUCCUCCUCCUCCUCACUGUAUCCCCACCAUCCUCCUCCUCCUCUCUCUCUCUCUCUCCCUCUCCCAGGAUGGUUUUAAAGUCUCCGGCAGAUUGGAGAUCAGGCGCUACUUCCUAGACGGACGCAGGGAUGGGAAGCGUGCCGCGCCUCUCCACUGCCAUCACCGCCUCGGACGCUUCUCUGCCCGCCUGUCCAGCCCUCUCCACCGCAUCCUCCGGCCUCAGCCGCCCGCGAGAAUAGAGGCGUAGAGCGCCGCGCCCGGGAAAUAUCGGGAGGAUCGGGAACUGCGCUGCCUUUUCUUCGGGAGGACGGACUCAACAGUUGCGGCUGCUGGAGGCUUGCAUGUGGACGCGCGCGUCACUAUCAUGUGGAGGCUGCUGCAACCCUGCUGGUGCCGCGGGUGGAUUGGCUCUCUUCUGCUGGCCGCCUGGCUGCUCCUGCGGGCCCACGCUCAUCCCGCGCUGACAGGAAGCAAAGCCGCGUCUCAAGCCCUCAUCCAAGGACCUCGCCGCGCCACCGCUGGCGAGACACGACUCCGGAGAGCUGCCACCGAGGACACCUACUGGGCCUACUCAGGAACGUACGGGCCCGGCGAGGGCUGGGCAGCCGCCUAUCCACAGUGCCAAGAGAAGAAGCAGUCACCCAUCAACAUCGUGGACCAGGACACCAAAGUAUCCACCGAGUACCAGGAGCUGACGCUGGAGGGCUUCGACACGGAAUCCUCCAACAAGACCUCCAUGAAAAACACUGGCAAAACAGUGGCCAUCAUGUUGAAGGACGACUACUUCGUGAGGGGCGCUGGACUCCCAGGGAGAUUCAAGGCGGAGAAAGUGGAGUUCCACUGGGGUCCAAGCAACGGAUCGGAGGGCUCGGAGCACAGCAUCAAUGGCCGGCGCUUCCCUGUGGAGAUGCAGAUCUACAUGUACAACUCAGAUGACUUUGACAGCCUCAGCGCAGCACUCAGGGAGAAGAGAAUCAUCGCUGCCAUGGCCGUGUUUUUCCAGGCUGGAGGGAAGGACAACCCGGCUGUUGACCCCGUCAUCCAUGGCCUCCGGGGGGUGGUUCAUCACGAGAAAGAGACCUUCCUGGAGCCGUUUGUUCUCAAGGACCUGCUGCCGUCCUCGCUGGGCAGCUACUACCGCUACACGGGUUCGCUCACCACGCCGCCGUGCAGCAAGGUCGUGGAGUGGCUCGUGUUCAGCCGACCCAUCCUGCUCUCCUACAAGCAGUUGGAAUCAUUCUACUCGAUCUUCACCACGGAGCAGCAGGACCAUGUGAAGUCGGUGGAAUACCUGCGGAGCAACUUCCGACCGACUCAGAGUCUGGACAACAGGAUCGUUUACAAGUCGGCCGUGAAGGAGGCGUGGCAGCUGGAUCUGAGCGAGGGAGGCGCCACCGUCUACAGCACGGAGGCCUCCAAAGUGUGCAGCAGUGCUCCCAUCAACAUGAAGGUCCAGCAUGUCAACGGCAGCUCCCUGGUCGUUCGCUGGACCUACCCUGAGGUCACCUACCACCCGCCCAUCCUGCACUUCCUGGUGUCCUACAGCUGGACAGCUCAUGAGGACAGCUUCGAGGAGACGCACCUCACUGACGCCCGGCAUCGGCUGGAGGCCAUCAUCUCCCCCGUCUCUCCCGACGUCCUGUAUCUGUUUCGGGUUCAGGCCAUCUGCACCAACGACAUGCGCAGCGACUUCAGCCAGAGCAUGCUCUUCAGAGCCAACACCACCAGGAUCUUUGAGGGGACCAGGAUUGUGAAGACUGGAAUGCCCACAGUGUCUCCAGCCUCCUCUGCCGACAUGGCCCCCAUCUCCUCCGGCUCGUCCACCUGGACCUCCUCAGGAAUCCCCUUCUCCUUCGUCUCCAUGGCGACUGGCAUGGGCCCCUCGUCCAGCGGCAGCCAGGCCACGGUGGCCUCAGUGGUGACCAGCACUCUGCUGGCAGGCCUGGGCUUCAGUGGCGGCGUCAUCUCAGCCUGGCCCUGCAGGGCCCAGCAGAGCCAGCACCAGCUUCGAGGUGGCGCUGUCGCUGGAGCGGAUGCUGCCGAUGACAGCCGGAGCCCCGCCGCUGAGGAUGGACAGGAGGAGGAGGAGGAGGAGGGAGAAGGGAAGGAGGAGAAAACAAAGAAGAAAGUGAAGAAGCCGUCAGCGUCGGAUUGUGAAGACAGGAGCGUGACAGCUGACGCCGCCGUAGAACAAGAAGCAGGGAGCGAGUGCCGUCACAGGCUCAGGCCCGGAGCCAGGAAAGGUCUCCACCUCUCUGUUCAGGCUGUCUGGCCUCGUGACCUGGCGAGCGUGACCUGGCGGGGGAGAGGUCCUGGCUGGUGUGUGGUGGAGUGGCUGCUGCUGGCCUGGCUCUGCAGUCCGACCCUGCUGGCUGUGGUCCUGCUGCUGACUCUGCUCCUCUGCUGCAGACGCCGGACGCCGUGCUCCCUCCUCUCCGUGGACGACAUCUCAGCCAGGCUGCUGGUGAAUCUGGCCGCCCCUGUGCCCUGCACUCCAGGUGUCAUGGAAUCCAUCCCAGUCAAGAGCGUCACCCAGCACACGGCAGACCUGCGCUCAAAUAACCAGCCUGACUCCUCAGAUGAGUGUCAGGAUGUGCCGCCGUCAUCACCAGACGUGAACGUGGCAUCGCGGCGCACUGACCUUCCAUCAAACCAGCACAAGGACUGUGCACAGCUCUACGAGCACCGGCGGCUUCAACUGCGGCCACAGGCUGGGAAGGACGGCAGCCCUGUGGACGAGAGCGCUCCUGCCUCUUCUCCCUCGGCCUCGCUGCUGGAUGUGGCCCAGGGAGGAAAGGAGGACUCCUUGGCGCCGUCCCAGAGUGAGGGCGCAGUGACCCAGUACCAGAGGACACCGGUGCUUGUACGCUGCAGGGCUGGAGAGGGCGGGGCUGGCGAGCGCCUGCUGCGGCGCCACCUGGUGUCGGCCUACCUCACACACACGCCGACAGCCAGGACUCUCCUGGUCCAGACUGAGGGACCGUUCCAGGAGCAGCACAUCUUCAUCCACAGCGCUCUGACGGAGGCUGUUUCAGGGAGCCAGACGGAAGCGGCAGCACACCAGCGCCACUGCUGCUCUCCGUCAGUGACGCCGGGUCGUGGAGGCCGGACGCGUCUGGAGGAACCGCUCCAGUGGCGCGAGCGAGGGGCGGAGUCUUCCCGCGGCCCGGCGUCAGAGGGACCGAUGACACUGAUGCUUCCUCCAUCAUGGGCUACCACCACUGUACCGGACUCGUCGUCCCCCAGCCUCCACUGCCUCGCACCACACCCGACUGGAGGACGGUCCGGGACCAGACUGCACAACGGAUGGACCAGGACCAGGACCAGGACCAGGACCAGGACCAGGCCCGGGCCCCGUGCAAAGCUCUCCCCAGCGUGGCUGGCACCAGCCGGUUCCACCCCAGCCCUCGGACGCGCGUGGUGUGACCUUGACCUCCAAACUGAGACACCUCUCUUUAUAAAGCAUCUCAGACUGCUGAGGACAAGACUCGCUGAGGCCUUUUUCGCCAGACUCUUGGUUAAAGUGAAUAAGCGGAAGACUUUUUGUACUCUGAUAAAAAAGUUUUUGAUAUUUAUUUUUUUUGCCAUUUUAUGUCUUAACCACGUGGUGUUGCUAAGCAACCAGGAACUCUCUUCUGUCUCUUCUUGUUUGCACUAUAUCAUGUGGAUGUAACUGCCUACAGCUCACCCUCCUGGCUGGUGUGGCGUCGCCCAUCUCACCGCGCUGAGCUCCCUGCUGCUCUGCUCACGGGCCGCUGCUGCCUGACUGGGACUCGGCGGGGACCCCUCGCUGGACUCAUCUCGUUCCUAUUAGAAACCCUGUUUUGGAAGGACUUUUUUCUACCUAUUUAUUUCACUCCUCUUCAAGUCCCACCGCCGCACUCCUGUCUGAUUCUUGAGGCGGCGGCGGCCUUCUCUGAAGAACUGAACCUCUGAUUUGAAUCUGUCAGACUCUUGUAUGCAUACAUAUAUCAAUAUAUCCUGAUCAUAUGAGCUGCCUGGUGAUGUGUGGUCUGAGCAGGUGCUGGGUCGUCUCAAGCGUGACGGCACAGGGGCAGAGCUCUCCCUGCUGGACCCUGCCCGUGUCUGUCCUGCGGCCUGGUCCGAGGUCUGCAGCCCUGCCUUCUCUGGAACAGCAUGCAUUCGCUUCAGUUGUGUGUGGCUGGCUACAUGGGAGUGGUGCGUUAAAGCCUCCCACCAAAACAUGAUGUUGGAUCUCACAGACCGCAAUUGGAGGGGCUCACCUGACUCACUCCUGGAGAACCAGGAGUCUCCCUCCUGGCCCGCUGACUCUCCGUGGCUGGAGACAGUCCACCAGAUCGGCGCUGCCUGAGGUGACUCGGUCACACGUUCUCUUCACACGCCGGGUCCGCUGGCACCAGCUGACCACGACUGAUGGAAGCAGACGACAGAAGCCAGGUGUUGUGACUUCAUUUUGCCCACACGCACACUCGCUGGAGGCAGAUUCUCAGACUGGGAUUCAAGUGGUUGAAGUCAAACUUGUCUUGAUAGUUUGUGGAAUCCAGGCCACAGAUACAUCGGAUGUUUGACUAAAGGCCAGUCUGUCCGCAUCAUCUGGAGACAGGAGCAAGGAGCUGGGGUGACGGAGAGGCAGUUCGCCGCUGAGGACCUGCGCAAGGAGGAGAUAUGAGGACAGUAAAGGUGUGACGGGGCAUCACUCAGGUGGCCACGGUUCUGUCAAAGACAACGGAAGGUCCGCACACACGAUUCCAGUGGUCGUUGUUGUUGUUGUUGUGAAGUCAGCCACCCCACACAUGAGGACAGAAGCCCUGUCCUCCAGGGUUACUGCAUCUGGAUGUCAAACACGGAUGCGCAGUUCCCAAACUCCAGCCCUUGACUUGACGUGAUUCCCGCUCAGGUGUGUGUAUAUACACAUAUAUAUGCAUAUGUGUAUGUCCGUAUGUCAAGCCAAACCAACUCAGGCAGAGACUGAGUGAGGAAGACAACAGCCAAGCCACUCUCUUCCAGCACUCCCACAACACCACUCCUCGUUGAUCCGGGCAAGCAAAUCAUAUUCAGAUCACACCAACACACGUCGACCAAGCUCAACCGUUCCCACUAACCGACACCGGUUGCGUCUGUGAUCGGCGCCGCAGCAACCGAUCCCCAGUCUCGCGAGAGCACACGCGCGAGACUGGGGAUCGGUUGAAGUUGAAGCGGCACCACUCGGCGAAAACACACAUGGAUGCGUUGAGGAAAG